AUGACGAAUGCCGGCUGCUUUUCAUCACAACUUGCGAAGACCAUGAUCGGCCUCCAAUCCGGGCUUGGAAGCCUUUUGGGUUUACAAAGCUUUGCGAUACAGAGCUCCCAGUCCGACAACAUGCUCAAUGUGCCGCUCAUUGGUAUUCUCGCAACGAAAGACCCAUAUACCAACAUUCUUGGCUGGACUUGGAAGGCGCUGACGAAGAAGAAGUGUUUGAUGAUGCGGAAUCAGAUGUGGAAAAACAGUGGAGUCCAAAGAGAAGGCAAGUCGAAAGCUGGCUCGAAAAUCCGUAUAAAUUUCCAUAAAUAUAAAUUCUAG